GUUCUCUCGCUAUUAUAAAACAAAACGAUCGUAACAUUCACUAAUCACUAGAAGUUACCGUUUCAUCAAACGAUUACAACUCACUAAAUAAGUUUGAUUAGUUAUGUCUGCUGCCGGAGAAGUUGAUGCUCCCGCCGUUGAACAACCGGUGGAGGAGGUGAAAGCGGCGGAGGAACCUAAACCUGUGAAGGAAAAGAAACCAAAAGCUUCAAAAGAGAAGAAGAAACCUAAACAGGCCAAAACAGCUUCACAUCCUCCAUAUUUUCAGAUGAUUAAGGAGGCUUUGUUGGCUCUGAACGAGAAAGGCGGUUCAAGCCCUUACGCUAUAGCAAAAUACAUGGAGGAGAAGCAUAAAUCAGCGCUACCAGCGAAUUUCAAGAAGAUGCUGAGUUUGCAGCUUAAGAAUCAAGCCGCGAAAGGGAAGCUGGUGAAGAUCAAGGCUUCGUAUAAACUAUCUGAAGCCGCGAAGCCGAAGAAGGAAGUUACGGCUAAGGUUACGAAGGCUAACGCGGCGGAGAAGAAGCAAGAAGGGUCGAAGAGAAAAAGAAACGUAGUUGCGACGAAGAGUGGUAAGAAAAAAGAGGCGGUUAAGAAGGUUGUGAAGAAGAAGAGUAAGAAGGUUACUGGGCCUGCGAAGCCCAAACAGCCCAAGUCCAUUAAGUCUCCUUCUAAGAGGGCUAGAAGAGCUACUGCCUGAAGUUUGAUUAUGAUAAUUAAUAACUGAAACUAUGUAAUAUAUAACUAUAUGUAAAUAUGAAAACAAACUAGUAUGCUCUUUCUUUUUCUCUAGUCUUUUUCUAGACUGUAGUUCUCGCAGCUGAGCUCGCUGUAUAUUGCAUAAUGUAAUAUUGUUUAGAAACCUGCUUUUGCAUUUUGUGUUGCU